AUGGAAACAUUAUGUUUUUCUAAGGGUCCUCUAUGUUACCCUAGUAGGUUCUCAAACAACUUAUCCCGACCACUCCAACUUGAAAAACCUAGUGACGAUCAAUGGACCUUCGAUGAGAACAAGAAGUUUGAAAAUGCUCUCACAGAGCUCAAUCUUGAUGCCCCACACCUCUUUCAGAAACUAAGUACUAGGGUUCCUGGGAAAACUGUUGCACAAAUUAAGAAGCACUUCGAAGCAUUAUUUGAGGACAUUUUGAUGAUUGAAUCAGGUCAUAUAGCUGUGCCCGAGUACAACAAGAUUAGUACUGAAAGCAAAGUUACAUCAAAACCAUUCAGAAGGAGACGUACUCCAUGGACCAAGCAUGAACACAAGUUGUUCUUGAAGGGGUUAGAGCAAUAUGGGAAGGGAGAUUGGAGGAGCAUUUCCAGGUUCUGCGUAGUAACAAGGACCCCAACUCAAGUUGCAAGUCAUGCCCAGAAGUACUUCCUUCGCAUUAAUAAACCCUAG